AUGGCGGACUUCCUGCCGUCCAGAUCGGUGUUAAAAGUUUGCCUACCAGUGUGCCUGCUCAACACCGGAGAAGUGGAACAGAACCGUAAGUCCAAGGAGAUCGACCGAUGCCUGUCCCGGGAGAAGACCUACGUCAAGCGGCUGGUCAAGAUCCUGCUGCUGGGCGCGGGCGAAAGCGGAAAAUCUACUUUCCUCAAGCAAAUGCGAAUAAUCCACGGGCAGGAUUUCGACCAAAGUGCACGAGAAGAGUUCAGAGGAACAAUAUACAGUAAUGUAAUUAAAGGUAUCCGCGUGCUGGUAGACGCCCGGGAGAAGCUGCACAUUCCUUGGGGAGACCCGUCGAGGCAGAAACACGGUGAGGUGUUGAUGGCGUUCGACACACGGUCGGCGAAGGUGGCGAGCGGGAACCUGGAGACCGCCGUGUUCCUGCAGCACCUGCCGUCCAUCCGCGCCCUGUGGGCCGACGCCGGCAUCCAGCAGGCCUACGACCGCCGCCGAGAGUUUCAGCUGGGCGAGUCGGUGAAGUAUUUCUUGGAUAAUCUGGAUAAGCUUGGAGAGCCGAGCUACCUACCCAGCCAGCAGGAUAUUCUCCUGGCGCGUAAGCCCACCAAAGGGAUCCACGAGUAUGACUUCGAGAUCAAGAACGUUCCCUUCAAGAUGGUGGACGUGGGCGGGCAGCGGUCGGAGCGGCGCCGCUGGUUUGAGUGCUUCGACUCUGUCACCUCCAUCCUCUUCCUGGUAUCGUCCUCUGAAUACGACCAGGUGCUGAUGGAGGACCGACUGACCAACCGCCUCAGAGAGUCUCUAAACAUCUUUGAGACGAUCGUGAACAACCGUGUGUUUGUGAACGUGUCCAUCAUCCUGUUCCUGAACAAGACGGACCUCCUGGAGGAAAAGGUGCGGCUGGUGCGUCUCAAAGACUACUUCCCGGAGUACAACGGCCCGGAGCACAGUCUGCCGGAGGUGCAGGUCUUCAUGGUGGACUGUUUCAGGGCGAAGCGCCGCGACGCCACCCAGAAACCCCUGUACCAUCACUUCACCACCGCCAUCAACACCGAGAACAUCCGCCUGGUGUUCCGAGACGUCAAGGACACCAUUCUGCACGACAACCUCAAGCAACUCAUGCUGCAAUGA